AUGAAGGCCUCACUCCGCGCCGCGGCCCUCGCCGGCCUCGUGCACAUCCAGCUGCUCACCCUCUCGACCUUGGUAGCACCAGCUGUCGCCAAAGAUGAGUGCCAGCCGUACUCCUGGGGCGACCCAACCCACGGCUUUGCCCUCAAGAUGGCCAACAAGGCGGCCGCUGACGACGGCGACGGUGCCCCGCCCAAGGCCGGCGAGGUCAACUGUCGACAGCAGAGCACGUCGCCGAGCAGCGUCAACUACUACACCUGCACGGAAAUGGCGGACGAGCACGACAUUAGUGUCGAGACGUUCUUCGUGAUCAACCCGAAGCUCAAGAAGGACUGCAGCGACAUUCAGCCCAACACAAAGUACUGUGUCAACGGAUUUAUUGAGCCGUUGAGAGCCUACGAUGGCAAAUGCGGUCCUCCCAACAACAACGCGACCUGCCUCGGCACACAGAAGCAAUGCUGCAACUCCCAGACCUUUACCUGCGGUGACAACUACGAGGUUGACUGUGCCCCCGGCAUCUGCUGGGAGGGCGUCUGCCCUGGCGACAAGACCUGGAGCACCGACGGCACAUGCGGCGCGCAGCACGGCAACCGCCAGUGCGCCGGCAAAUGGGGCGACUGCUGCAGCCUCGGGGGCAAGUGCGGCACGGGCCCCGAGUUCUGCGGCAAGGACAACUGCCAGUCGGGCAACUGCACCAAGCCUGAUCCCGGCACGGGCGGCGGCCGCCCGCCGUGGCUGACGGGCAACUCGACCGACGGGACCUGCGGCGGGCCCAAGGCCUACACCUGCAAGGUUAUCUACGGCAACUGCUGCAACAAGAAUGGGAGGUGCGGAUCGCUGCCGCAGGACUGUGGCGACGGCUGCCAGCCCUUGUUUGGGAAGUGUGGCACGCAGUCCAAGUGA